AUGACGCGGCUGCUGAAACAGUCAAUGUUCAAACACAGCAAGAUCUGGACAACGGUAGUAGAGCUUAAUUCUGUGUUGCAGGUUUCGUGUCUCAAUACUGUUUGGAUUUCAAAAUCGAAUGUGAGGCAGCGGCGUGGGCGAGCGGGCCGCUGCCAGCCAGGUACGGCUUACCAUCUGUUCAGCAAAGAGAGGCUGGAGAAAAUGGAUGACUUUCCGAUCCCAGAAAUCAUGCGUACUCCUCUGGAGAACAUAGUGGUGCAGUCCAAAGUUCACAUUCCUGACAUUACGGCUUCAGAUUUUCUGUCAAAAGCGAUGAAUAGUCCAAAUCCUAAAGCUGUGAAUGAGGCUGUGCGGGUACUACAGGAGAUAGGGGUACUCGAUGAAGAAGAAUCUCUCACUUUCCUCGGACAGCGCCUGGCCCACAUCUCCACAGACCCCAGGCUGGCAAAGGCAAUCGUCAUGGCCUCCAUUUUCCGCUGUCUGUCCCCUGUAUUAGCAGUUGUUGCAUGUCUGACUCGAGAUCCAUUUGUGAACAGUUUGCUGAACAGGACUGAGGUUAUGAAGGCUAAAGCACAUCUGAGUGGGGACAGCCGAAGUGAUCAUAUAGCUUUUAUUAAAGCUGUUGAAGGCUGGAAGAAAGUUCUGCAGGAGAGGGCCGCAGACUGCAAGAAAGAAUACCUGGAAGGGAACAUGCUGUACGCCCCAAGCCUCCGCUUCAUUCACGGAUUAAUUCUGCAAUUCUCUGAAAAUGUUUACAAUGCAUUCCUGGUGUCGAAUCCUUCAGAUUGCACACGUUCCUACUCCUUGUGUAACCAGUACAGUGGGGAGGAAGAGUUGAUUAAAGGUGUGCUGUUGGCUGGCCUAUACCCUAACCUCAUCCAGGUGAGAAAGAGAAGCCUCAAAUUCAGGCAUGAUUUAGGACACUGCUGUGCUUAG